AUGGGCGGCUGCAUGAGCUCGAACAAUGACGAGGUAGAGCAGAAAAAGAGGAGCCAGGCCAUCGACAAAGAGUUGGACGAGGACUCCAAAAGGCUACGGAAAGAAUGCAAGAUCCUGCUGCUAGGUUCUGGUGAGAGUGGCAAGUCGACCAUUGUCAAGCAGAUGAAAAUCAUCCACCUCAAGGGGUACUCAGAAGAGGAGCUGUACAACUACAGACCGACCGUGUUCAAGAAUCUGGUCGAAUGUGCCAAGGCUGUCAUCACUGCCAUGCAGCAGUUUAGCAUAGAGCUGGCACAAGACGACAACAGAGCCCACGCCGACUUUUUAAUAGACUACCAAGCAGAAUCCGGGCCGCAGGCUCACAUCGACCCCAAGGUGGGCCUCGCUGUGCAGGCCAUAUGGAGCGACCCGGCGAAAGAGCAGCUGAUGGAACAUCAGACGGAGUUUUACCUGAUGGAUUCUGCGGAAUAUUUCUUCCAAGAAGCAAUGCGCAUUGUCGCUCCCGAUUAUUUACCCAACGAGAUGGACGUAUUACGCGCCCGUACAAAAACCACCGGUAUCUACGAAACACGCUUCCAAAUGGGACAGCUUAGUAUCCACAUGUUUGACGUUGGCGGGCAAAGGAGUGAACGAAAGAAGUGGAUACACUGCUUCGAGAACGUUACCUCAAUCAUUUUCUGUGUUGCGCUGAGCGAAUACGAUCAAGUUCUCCUCGAGGAGAGCAGUCAGAACCGCAUGAUGGAAAGCUUACUGCUGUUCGACUCGGUUGUCAACUCACGUUGGUUUAUGAGAACCAGCAUCAUCCUCUUCCUGAACAAGGUGGACAUCUUCAAGCAGAAACUGGGUCGCUCACCUCUAUCCAACUUCUUCCCCGAUUACACUGGCGGUACCGACGUCAACAAGGCAGCCAAGUACCUGCUAUGGCGGUUCAAUCAAGUCAACAGGGCGCACCUUAAUCUAUAUCCACAUCUUACCCAGGCCACCGAUACAUCAAAUAUCCGGCUAGUUUUCGCAGCAGUCAAAGAGACAAUACUGAAUAACGCGCUAAAGGAUUCGGGUAUUCUUUAA